AUGUCCUUCGCUCGUUUACUCGGCACUCUUUCACUUGUCCUGGUUGUCUCCGCUGGUAAUCUUGUCCAGUUCGAACAACGUAAAAGCGCUCCUGCCGGGUUCACUAGCAAAGGACCAGCAGGCGACGACCACCCGCUUUCCCUUCGCUUUGGUCUAGCAUCGAACAAUAUUGCAGGACUCCACGAGAAACUUGCCUCUAUCUCCAAGCCCGGGAGUCCAGAUUUUCGGAAAUGGCUCAGCGCAGAUGAGGUUAAAGCCUUCGUCGCGCCGAGCGAGGAAACGCUCAAAGCUUUCAAUUCAUUCGCUUCUGCAAAUGGACUCAAGACCACUGAAACUUCGCCAUUCGGCGAAUGGGUGACCGUCUCAAUGCCCGUUGCCAAAGCCAACAAACUCUUCGGUGCCAAAUACACCAACUUUACGCACGCAGACAUCCCCGAUCCAAUAAUGCGAACACUCUCGAUGUCGCUUCCCUCAGAGCUUGUCAAUCACAUCGACGUGGUUCAUCCCAGCACGGCUUUCGCCCUUCCUGAUCCCGGUCCCCGAAAGCCCAUUCGACUUGGUGGUUUACCCAAACGGGCAGCCACAGCGCCUGAAAACUGCGACGUCAGUGACCGCAACCCUGAUAACGUUAUCACUCCGGCAUGCCUACAAGCCCUAUACAACAUUCCUGCGACCCCAGCGACGCAAGAGAAUAAUGCGCUUCUUGUUACUGGAUAUCAGAAUCAAUGGGCCCAAAUAGACGACUUGCAGGCGUUUAUGAAGGAACUACGCCCUGAUUAUUCAGCGGGCGUCAAUCAGACUUUCCUUCGCCUCGCAAUCGAUCAUGGAACCAACCCGCAAUUACCUGGCAAGAGUGGCAUUGAAGCUCAACUCGAUAUCGAGUAUGUUGCUGGGAUUGCCACGGGUGUCCCCCUACAAUUCCUCACUGUCGGCGGCGACGAUUUCCUCAUCUCCCUACUCCACACGGCAGAGUUUCUAGCCAGCACCCCCUUCCCCCCGACAGUCAUGACCACUUCUUAUGGCAGGGAGGAACCGAGUUUUGGAAACUCCUUGGCCAACAAAAUAUGCGAUGGUUAUGCUGCCGCAUCUGCGCGAGGCGUUUCACUUCUAUUUUCUUCUGGAGAUGGUGGUGUGAAUGGGAACCACGAUGACCCCUGGGACUGCGAGCUUUUCGUUUCCGUCUUCCCAGCCUCCUGCCCAUAUGUGACAGCUGUUGGCUCGACCAUCUCCUUCAACCCUGAGAUUGCGGUCAACUUCACUGGUGGCGGUUUCUCGGAGUACUUCCCGCUGCCGUCGUAUCAGACUGCCGCUGUCGACGCCUUCCUCAAGACCGUCCCUGAUGGGCUCCCUAACUUCAACCGUGCUGGACGGGGCUACCCCGACCUUUCCCUCCAGGGUUGGAACUACCUCGUCACAUUCAACGGACAGCGUAUCCCCGUCAGCGGGACUUCUGCUUCGGCCCCAACCGUUGCCGCAAUGAUCUCCCUGGUCAACGAUAAGCUGAUUGCGGCUGGCAAACCAGUGCUGGGCUUCCUCAACCCCUUCGUUUACGCAAAUCCUUCCAUAUUCAAUGACAUCCUUAUUGGCCACAACUCGGGCUGGGAAUGUCCUGCAUCGACGGCUGGCUUCGAUGCAGCAGAAGGUUGGGACCCCUUGAGCGGCGUCGGCACUCCCGACUUUGAGCGGCUACUUGCUGCCGCAUUGGCUACAUAA